AUGUAAUAUACCGUUUUGAUUUGUUACAGGUGCAGUGAAAGCAUUCGUACGCAGUGAUCAGUGAAGUUGCGGACGGCAUCGCCGCUACCGUCGUGCCGUGUGUCUAUAGAGUGUCGUGCGCGUGUGUGCGGGCCGGCUGCCUAGUGCCAGUGACAGUGCCAGUGUGUGUGUGUGCGUGCGUGCGUCCGCAGUGGCGCCGACGCCGGCGUCAAGUCAAUGCCGGUGUGCCGAUGGAGCGGUGAUCGCAGACUGACUACAUCACAAGAGCAGCGCUGGUGACGCGCUGCGUAGCGGUGGUUAAAGCGGCUCUGCCGCUUUAAAUGGACAAACGCAAGAUGCUGCCAAAGAGAGCGCGUAUGGAUAGCAUGCGGGGUCCCAUCGCCAACGGACCCUUGCAGUCGAGGCCCUUAGUGGCGUUGUUAGACGGGCGAGACUGUACGGUCGAAAUGCCGAUAUUAAAAGACGUCGCGACGGUAGCGUUCUGUGACGCUCAGUCUACGUCCGAGAUACACGAGAAGGUUCUCAACGAGGCGGUGGGCGCGCUCAUGUGGCACACCAUCAUACUCACCAAGGAGGACCUCGAGAAGUUCAAGGCGUUACGGAUCAUCGUCCGUAUAGGCUCCGGCGUCGAUAACAUUGAUGUUAAAGCGGCCGGGGAACUAGGGAUAGCGGUAUGUAAUGUGCCGGGCUACGGCGUGGAAGAAGUAGCGGACACGACAAUGUGUCUCAUAUUGAAUCUAUACCGGCGGACGUAUUGGCUCGCCAACAUGGUGCGGGAAGGGAAAAAAUUCACAGGCCCGGAGCAGGUGCGCGAGGCGGCCACGGGCUGCGCGCGCAUCCGCGGCGACACGCUGGGCAUCGUGGGGCUCGGCCGCAUCGGCUCGGCCGUGGCGCUGCGGGCCAAGGCCUUCGGUUUCAACGUCAUCUUCUACGACCCCUACCUGCCCGACGGCAUCGAGAAGUCGCUCGGACUCACCAGGGUCUACACGCUUCAGGACCUCCUAUUCCAGAGUGAUUGUGUAUCAUUGCACUGCAGCUUAAACGAACACAAUCAUCACCUCAUCAACGAGUUCACUAUCAAACAGAUGCGUCCAGGCGCGUUCCUGGUGAACACGGCGCGCGGUGGGCUCGUGGACGACGAGGGGCUCGCAGCCGCGCUCAAGCAGGGCCGCAUCCGCGCAGCCGCGCUAGACGUGCACGAGAACGAGCCCUUCAACGUGUUCCAGGGCCCGCUGAAGGACGCGCCCAACGUGCUGUGCACGCCGCACGCCGCGUUCUACUCGGACGCGUCGGCGCAGGAGCUGCGCGAGAUGGCGGCGUCCGAGAUCCGGCGCGCCAUCGUGGGCCGCAUCCCCGACUGCCUGCGCAACUGCGUCAACAAGGACUACUUCCUGGCCGGCGCCGGCGCCGCGCUGGCCGCCGCGCCGCCGCUGGCCGCGCCGCAGCCGCCGCCCGCGCCCUACGCCGACGGCAUCAACGGCGGGUACUACGCCGCCGCGCAGGCCGCGCACUCCACCACCGCCGUGCACGACGCGCCCGCGCUGCCGCCGCAGCCGCAGCCGCCGCCGCCGCAGCCGCAGCCGCCCAUCUCCCUGCCCAUCAACACCGCCGACCCGGCCAACCACCAGCUGAACAAGCAGGAGAGCUCCGACGUCCACUAGGCGACCGCGAUGCGCUACGUUGCAGUACCGUCAUCACGCCGACCGACUCGACGACACAUACAAACAAACAAUAGUUUUAUUGAUUCCAUCGCAAUUAUGUCAUAAGUACCUAUGUCGUAAGCCAACGAGUGAUAUAAUAUGUAGUCGCGGCGUUUGCAUGGAGGCGAACCAACGCUUUAUUAUAUAAAAUAGUUUAAAUAGUGAGUCUUAGUGCGUCGGCACGAUCCGCGCCGAGUGAGUCUGUCUGUCCUGUAACAAUCUUAAAGUGAAAUACGUUCCUGCCGCAGAGUGGACAACAAACGGAGGGCCUUUCUUUACAUUACAAGUGACGCGCCGCCGGCAAUCGUCAAAUGAUGACACGUAUUUCUCCCCGAACCCAUCACAAAUACUUAUUUUGAUAGGAACGGGUUUUUUAUUUAGGUGAAAUAUACUUGAAGCUGUUUGUUGUUUACUCUGCGGUUCCGAUAGUCGAUUUCAUGUUAAAUGACAAUAAAAGACGAUGCAAUAGAUUUCGAAAGCAUUCGAUUAUCUACGAAGGCACUGGUGAUAAACACUGAUCGUUAGAAAGUAUACUGAGAGUCGGGACGUCUCUGUCCUCGAACAUGUUUUAUAUACGUCUGAUGAAAGAGACAAAUAAAUAUAAAUAUUAGUGCAUACGGCUUACAGGAAUGUUGCGUGUGACUGUACACAGUUUUAUUUCAGUGUGAUUAUGAGAUUCCUUGAGAAACGCACGCCCGUCUCGAUGCAAACGUCGCGUGAUAUGAGCGAAUAGUUGAUUCUGUGUUUGUAUUUGGUAAGUUGGGACAGCUAUAUAUAGAUACUGUUAUGGUAAAAUGCGUGUUCUGAUCGCGGGCCGAAGCGUGUAUGUUCAGUGUGUACUUUCACGAAUGAAUAAUGCGAUAAGUUGUCCAUACAAAUAAUUUAUUAGUAUUAUAUUUACUCUCAUUCGCCAAGGCGGUGUACUCCAGGUGUGAUGUUACGGAUGUUGCGCGGUGCUACAGGUUAUAUUAUUUUAGCUUUUAAAGCUGUCGAUGUCCUAAGUAACACCAUAACUAGGAGUCACCUGCUGGCAUAAUAGUAGUUAUUGUUGAAAAUAUUGCUCAAAGUUUAAGAGUUUUAACGACACUCAUCACCACAUACAACGCAAACAAAUAAAGUGUGCCUCACAAGUGCGCGAAUUAUAGUUUAUUGCAGAAUUGUAUCAGCGCUGAUUUACAAUUCGAUAUUUUUAGACAAUUUUAAGUGAUCAAUGUUAGUUGGUUAAUGAAACAUGUAGGUUAGGUUCAGUCUAUCGCGUUUACAUAAACAUUAGAUGUAAAAUGGGGAAAUCUAGUAGUACAAUAGUUAAUGGAGUAUCAAUGGCUACUACCGUCACGUCGAUGUUCAUAACAGAAGACCCGGACUGAAGCUCAUCUUCGUGCAUACAACAGACACGGACCCAACACUCUAUUUUAUAAUAAAAUAGAUCGGGUCUCACACCAGGUACUCAACUGCUGCAAUAUUAUAAUACUGUAUUGUAUUGUACCUCGUCUAAUUAAACGUGUUGUAUGUAGGGAAUGCGAAGCUUAUUCUGGUCUGGGCACACAUAUUACAUAAUACAAGUAUUGUCCCAUUUAUAGAGUUAAUGUUAAACGCGGCUUAUUCGCUUGCCCUGAAUAGUGUUGUGCUGAUAUAUAAAAUAUACAAAUCAGACAACAUCAAGUUAUACGAUGUUCCAAUAGUUAGACAUUGACCGAUGUUAGGAAACAAGUCGGAAACAGUGUUGUAUUAUCGCGUUAUUCAGCCGUAAGUACCCCGUGUGUUUGUAUCAAAGCGCUGGAGUAUACUGUGUACUAGCAUAUGUUCGAUGCAUGGUCCCAGCUGGUCUAUAAGCAUUUGAUCGCAUUUGUUUGUACCCACACGGCCGCCCCGAGCGCAUGCAUUCGAACUGUUAUUUUUAAGUAAUCAACAAAAGGACUGUAGAAUUCUAUCAUCACACUUUAUUAACGAGAAAAACGGAUGUCUUCGUGUUUCUUUUUUUUUACUUUGAAAAUGUACAAAAUCAUGCUUUCAUUUGAAUAUUUUUUUUAAAUAGAGUUUAAGUGACGAAUUUGUACAUGAACAUGAAAAACAAACACCAUGAUAUAUAAAAUUUAGAACCGAAACGCAAUAGAGGGGCGCGCCCCGCCCUGCACCCGUUUGACAAUCGUGAGAAUUGGUAUUUAAAAAUUAGUAUUUACUUACAGUUUAGUUUAAUGACAAAAACAAUGUGUAUAUUUUAUGAGAAAGUGAAAAGUUCUUAAAUAAAACUAUUGUUUUCGGAUUAAUUA